AUGUUAAAUUAGGAUGUUGAUUUGAACAUCCAACCAUUCCUUAAUCAAAUUCCUAAGGCCAUUACUCUUACAGAUCAUAGUUUUAGCUUAGAGAAUGACAUGCUUCUUGGAUGGGCUCCAAAAGUUGACUAUAGUAAAUUACUAACACUCAACUUUGCUAAUCACUUAAAUGACUCAAUCAUUGCCAAAGCAUUACACAAUAAUCAAUUACUUUAUCUUGGAUUUAGACCUUAAGACACUGGACAAAUGCAUAAAUAAUACUCUAAUGGAUCAUCCUAUCCUUUCAAAUAAAUUAAAAUAUUACAAAGAAAACCUUAAUUACCUUUUCUAGGCAUGAAUCCGAAUCUAAGUAGUAGAAUCCUAUUUAAUUCAACAUUUGAGAGUGGUAAUUUAGAUAUUGUAGUCAAGUGUUCUGAUACAGAAUACGAUCUGUAUAUGAGAGUAGAUGGUAAUACUAAAGGACAUACUUUAUGGUACAACUUUGAAAUGACAGGAAUGAAGAAAACAGAAGUAAUACAAUUAAAUAUAUGUAAUUUUCGCAAAUCACGUACUCUUUAUGAAAGAGGAAUGAAACCGUAUAUAUGGAGAUCAACAAAUCCUGAAUGGUUAUAAGGAGGAGAAUAAAUAUAAUAUAAAACUCAUUAUAAUUCACAUUAUAAUAGUUUAUCUUUUAAAUUAGUUUGUAAUGGAGAUAAUGAAGUUAUUAAAGUAGCUUAUUGUGUACCAUAUACAUAUACAUAAAUGCUUGAAUUUUGUUGGAAUAUGUAGAAAAAUUGUAAUCAUGUUGAAAAAACAGUAUUUUGUGAAUCAUUAAGUGGUGUACAAUUACCACUAUAUACAUUUAGUUAUGGUAAUAAUUAUUAAAACUAAAAAUGUAUGAUAAUUUAAGCUAGAAUACAUCCUGGUGAAUCAAAUGGUUCUUGGGUAAUGUAAGGAUUAUUAGAAUUUUUAUCUAGUCAAUAAGGAUUGAAACUUAUUAAAAAGUAUUUAAUAUAAAUUAUAAUAUAGAUGUGUAAUAAAAGUUGUACCUAUGAUGAAUCCUGAUGGAGUAAUUUUAGGAAAUUAUAGAACAGGGAUAGCAGGUAAAGAUUUGAAUCGUAGAUUUAAAUUAACAGAUUAAAUGUUAUUUCCUACAGUAUGGGCAAUGAAAAGAUUAGUGAAAGAGUAACAUAGUAUUUUUGGGAACAAUUUAAUUGGAUUUAUUGAUUUGCAUGGUCAUUCUGGUAAGAAUAACAAAUAUAUAAGUAAAAAAGAAUGUAUUUCUUUAUGGUCCUGAAUAUCCAUUGUGGAAUUAUAAUUAUUAUAAAUGUAGAGUAUUGGCUAAAUUACUUGGUUAGAAGACUGAAAUGUUUAGAUAUUAUUCUUCAAUAUUUAGAAUAAGUUAAUCAAAGAAAUCAACAGCAAGAGGAGUGUUUUUAGAUUUAUAUGAUAUAGUAAAUUGUUUUACAAUAGAAUCAUCAAAUGGAAGUUAUUAUAAUUAAACAUAGACAUUUGAAUUUACAUGUAAACAUUGGAUUUAGAUGGGAUGGAUAAUAGGAGAGACAUUAACAGAAUUAGUUGAAAUGUAAAGUGAAAUGGAUAUGAUAUAUAAUCAAAAAAAUGAUGAAACUAAAAGAUCAAAUAGAUAAAUUAAGAAUUAAAUGUUUAAUAAAAAACGUAGUUUUACUGGUUAUUAAGAGGAUUAAUGUUAUUAAUAAUUUUAAAAUACUAAAUUUGCUAAUCUUUUUGAUGAACUUAAAUAAGAUGCUGAUAAAAUGAAUAUAUCAGUAUCUGAAAAAGAAUCUGAUUCUUCUGAUGAUGAUGGUAGUGAAACCUAUUUAGAAGAUAUUAAAUAAUAAAUAUUAUAAGAAGACUUUUCUAAAUCAAAAUAUAAAGAUAAACCAAUGAUUUCUAUUAUGUAACCAAUUUCAAAAUCUAAAAUUGAAUAAAGAUUUAGUCCUAGAAUAUAAUAAUAAUAAUCUUCACAAUAAUCCAUUAUGCUUAGUAUAUAAAAAAGUGAAAAGAAAUUUAAUAAUCCUUCUAGAUCUGUCUAAAAUUCUAUUAUUAAAAAAGUAUCAUCUAAUUCUUAAUCUAAAAAGUCUACCAAAAUUACUAAUUAUAUUACUAAUUAUCCUAAUGGAUAGAAUUCAGCUACUCUUGUAUUUUAAGAAGAUUAUAAUCUUAAUUAAUUUUAACCAUCUUAAUAAUUGAUGCAUACUACAUUAUAAAGACCAUCUACUGCUAAUUUAGAAGUUACAGAAGAAGAUAUCCCUUUUCCAAUUCAAUCAUUUAAUACAUCUAAUUACAAUGUGUUUAAAUAACAUACUAGAUUAAGAAGCAAUAUCACUAUUAAUAAAUAAAUUAAAGAUUAAAAAAAGUUACAAUCCAAAUCACAUUAAACUACACCACCUUUAUUAUAAUAAAUGGGUAUCAAUGUAAAAAGUAAAUUAAAUACUUAAACUAAUUUGGAAUAACUUGGAUUAAAAAUCAAACCAUAACAUUUCUUAGCUCCAAAGAAAUCAGAAGAACCAAUAAUAACAGAUUUAUCUAAAAAUAUCAAUAGUAUUAUAGAGAAUUAAAAAUCAACCAGACCUCCUAAACCUAAUGUACCUCCAUCCUUCUACUCUGUAAAAAGGCAUAUGAUGCUUAGACUUAAAAAUUGA